AUGAAGACUUCAUCUAAUGGGGUAUGGCAAGGAGAUAAUCCAAUUCAUUUUGCGUUCCCUCUGCUCAUUCUGCAGAUCUGUAUUGUGCUUCUUGUUACUCGGACGCUCGCUGUUUUGCUAAAGCCAUUGCGUCAGCCUCGGGUCGUAGCAGAGAUCAUCGGAGGAAUCAUUCUGGGCCCAUCUGUUAUAGGACGCAGUGAGUCCUAUAUGAAAACUUUUUUCCCCAAGAAAAGUACCCCCGUUCUUGAAACCGUUGGCGAUAUCGGACUUUUAUUCUUUCUCUUUCUAGUUGGGCUGGAGUUGGAUUUCGGGGCCAUUAAGCGAACAGGAAGAAAAGCUCUGGCAAUUGCAGCUGCUGGAAUCACUGUACCAUUCGUAGCUGGGAUUGGGAUUGCUUUUAUACUCAAGGCAACCAUUUCAAAAGGUGUGGAUUAUGGCGCCUUCCUUGUCUUCAUCGGUGUUGCAUUGUCUAUCACUGCUUUCCCUGUGCUUGCCAGAAUACUUGCAGAGCUCAAACUUCUUACAAGAGAUGUGGGUCAGAUGGCCAUGUCUGCAGCAGCUGUCAAUGAUGUGGUUGCUUGGGUUCUCUUAGCCAUUGCUGUUGCUCUGUCAGGUUCAGGCAAAAGUCCGGUCAUACCAGUUUAUGUUCUGCUCAGCGGUGUAUUAUUUGUGGCUUUCAUGAUGCUUGCAGUGAAGCCCAUGAUGGCCUACAUGGGCCGCCGGUCACCUGACAAUGAGCCUGUGAGUGAGCUUUUUACCUGUAUAACUCUUGCAGGUGUCUUGGCGUCUGGGUUUGUAACAGAUGCAAUCGGUAUUCAUUCAAUCUUCGGAGCUUUUGUAUUUGGAUUGACAAUACCCAAAGAGGGCCCCUUUGCGGGCAUGCUGAUUGAAAAGAUUGAAGAUUUUGUGGGUGUCCUGCUUUUGCCUCUGUAUUUUGCUUCCAGUGGGUUGAAGACAAACAUUUCGGCUGUUAAUGGUGCUCAAUCAUGGGGUCUCCUUGUUUUGGUGAUGCUGACUGCUUGCGCUGGGAAGAUCUUGGGAACGCUUUUUAUUGCUUUAGCACACAAGGUUUCCUUCCGUGAAUCACUCACCUUGGGAUUCCUGAUGAACACCAAAGGGCUGGUGGAGUUGAUUGUCCUUAACAUUGGUAAGGAGAGGAAGGUUUUGAAUGAUGAGGUGUUUGCCCUCCUGGUGCUGAUGGCUCUGUUCACAACAUUCAUUACUACCCCACUUGUAAUGGCCGUAUACAAGCCGGCAAGGAAGCAAGUCCCCUACAAAUACCGGAAGCUACAAAGAGACAAAGCAAAUGACAAGCUCCGGAUUCUGGUCUGUGUCCAUGGUACCAAGAACAUCCCCGCCAUCAUAAACUUAAUGGAGGCCUCCAGAGGAUCCGGAAAAUCUGUCCUACGACUCUAUAUAGUGCAUCUCGUAGAGCUCUCUGAAAGGUCUUCAUCCAUCAUGCUGGUUCACAAGACAAGGAAAAAUGGCCAACCUUUCUGGAACAGGAACAGGUCACAUGAAGACCAGAUAGUAAUCGCCUUCGAUGCAUUUGAGCAGCUGAGCAAAGUGCAAGUAAGACCCAUGACUGAAAUCUCUGCAUUUCAAGACAUGCAUGAAGAUAUCUGCAAUGUUGCAGAAGAAAAGAGGGCUGCAAUGAUUAUUCUGCCCUUCCACAAAGAACAAAGAGUAGAUGGAGUCCUGGAGUCUGUAGAUGCAGGAACAAGGGCAGUGAACCAGAGGGUAUUGAAGCAUGCUCCUUGCUCUGUUGGCAUUCUGGUGAACAGGGGUCUUGGAGGCCAGUCCCAGCUGGCACCUUCCAGUGUCUCCCAUAAUGUUGCAGUGCUUUUCUUUGGAGGCCCAGAUGACCGCGAGGCUUUAAUCUAUGGGAGAAGAAUGGCAGAGCAUCCUGGUAUCAAAGUAUCAGUUAUAAGGUUCCUACCUGACAGAGAGAUGGAUCACAUUGCACUCAAUUUAACCCCACUUUCUCCAUAUGACCAUGAUAAGCACCCACAGUCAUACGAAUUCUCUACUGCAGAGAUGAACAGGGAGCAGGAAAGAACAUUGGAUGAGGAAGCUCUAGCUGGUAUUACCAAUGACGAGAACGACUCUGUUUCAUCGAUUCCCAAGAAAGCUCUAGCUGGUAUUACCAAUGACGAGAACGACUCUGUUUCAUCGAUUCCCAAGAAAACCCAAGCUUAUGCUGACGAUGCAAAGGGCUCUAUUGUGUAUACUGAGCAGCAGAUCAGUAACACGGUGGAGUCUGUCCUUUCAAUUGGGAAGAGCAAUGAAUAUAAUUUAAUCUUGGUUGGCAUAGGGCGCUUUCCUUCUCCUCUUGUGGCAGAUUUGGCUGAUAGAACUGCAGAGUGUGCUGAAUUGGGUCCAAUUGGGGAUCUGCUGGCUUCAUCAACAAUCCAAAUCACUGCUUCGGUGCUUGUAAUUCAGCAACAUGUUAAAUUUUGA